UUGGUGCUGUUGUUCUCGAGUAAUAAUAGUUUGCGUACUAAAUUUACAAUUUUAUUAAAAUAUAUUUUAGUUUUUAUUUCUGUUAAUACUUAAAAAAGGAGGUCGAGAGGUUCUUCAUUAAGAAAUAUACACAGAUUUAGAUCGUGGGCAGAAUGGGAAGCUCAGUGAGCACGGGUCAAGAUAAUGACGAUUUGAUUGACAAUUUAGUUGAAGCACUUUAUGUUCGAACUGGUAUUGUUGAAAAAGCUUUUCGAGCUGUUGAUAGAGCUGAAUAUUUUUUAUUAGAAGCUAGAAAUGAUGCUUACAAAGAUUUGGCAUGGAAAAGUGGUAAUUUACACUUAUCAGCUCCCUGCAUAUACAGUGAAGUGAUGGAAUGCCUGUGCUUAGAACCAGGUCUCAGUUUUUUAAAUUUAGGCUCAGGUACUGGUUAUUUGAGUACCAUGGUUGGUCUGAUAAUUGGUAGUAGUGGUAUUAAUCACGGAAUAGAAAUUUAUGAAGAUGUUAUCAAAUACGCCAACAGUAAGCUGAAUGACUUUAAGAAGUAUUCUGGGGCUAUAGAUGAAUUUGAUUUUUGUGAACCAAAAUUUAUUCAAGGUAAGAAUUCACGAGAUUUCAAAGUGCUUUUGCAUUUAUUUAUGUAUAUAUUUUUUGCAGUUGAAGUAAAGCCCCAUAGUCUCCAAUCCGCCUGCCGUACUGUUAUUCGAAACGUUCUGCGUAAAAACAUCGAAACAGAGAAUCCUUCAUUUAAAAAUCGAUUGCCACCAAAGCCUAAGAAAGCACCGAAGAAGAAACGACCUGUGAGAGGAUUGGUGGUGCCCUUUUUUGAUACAUCUGAUGACAGUGAUGAUGAGUUUUACGAAUCCCCAAGGGUGGUGGUUAACGCAGAUAGUCCAGCAUCUCGUGCAUCAAACGAACGAGAACUUCGAGUUUCACCAGAAUAUAACACUGUUAUAAACAUUCUCGCAAGGACAGGUUGCUUUGGUAAUCCGGAUGAAAUACGUAACGUUCUUGAAGAUGGUCGAGAAGAAAACGGAGAAAGACGAAGCGAUAACGAACAGGAACGAAACGGGCAUGAAGAAAAACGAAGUGAUAAUCAUGGUAGAAGUGGCAGUCAAGAAAAAGCUAGUGGGAGUGAAGAAAAAAUGGACGUAGAAGAGGAAGAACGUGGAAAUGGUAAAGCUGCUAAUGAAAAAGAUAGAGGAGAACCGUCCAGACAAAGUCCGAAACGAAAACACUCCGAAAGUGACCAAAACAGUGUCCAAUUGGAAGAAGAACAAAGACAACAACAGCAACAACAUGAAGAACGCGAUGACGAAGAUGGACAAAACGGUUUCAAUCAAAUCAAUGAGAUCCGUAAUGUAAUCAUAGGUGUUUUAGAAGGUAUGCGUGAACGUGCUUCGUUAUUGCACCAGGGAGCAAAUAACGCGGAAGAAAGCGAAAACGACGAAGCACAAACUGAUGGAAAAAAAGUGAACGACGGUAAUAAUGGCACCCCAGCAAAUACACGAAAAAGUACGAAACGUGAAAAAUUUGAUAGUGGUUUAGGCGAUGAGAUUGUGGAUAACAAGAAUGGUAGCUCGUCUGAUAUAUCGUCGGAUGUAUCAUCGGAUGUGUCGUCAGAUACAUCGGAGGCGGAAAAAGUCAUGGAAUCGUGCUCAAGUGGUGACGAUGAUGACGAUGAUGAUGAUAACGGAAGGCCAAAGAAACGUACCUUACCUCUUGCCAUGGCCAAGAGUGGUGGAAAGUGGCGUAGAAUAGACUUGCUGAGUAGUAGUGAAGACAAUACCCAAGAAGAACAUGAACGUGAAGGAGAAAACGAUGGCAAUACCGAUCGACGAAAUUGUAAUUCAAAUGAAAUUCGCGUCGUUUCCAGCCCCUACACUUCUCUGAUGAAGAAUAAGAUACAGUCUUUGCCCCUCCCCCAAAUUCUGAAGAAUUAUUUAAACUUUUACAGGGAGUUUUAGUUUUUCGUCUGAUAUUGUUUAUUCUGUAUGUAAAUAAAGACUUUAUAUUAUGUUAUUAAAAAGAACAGGCUUAAUCCUUUAGAAAGACAAUGAGAUUUAUUAUCAGAAUUAGUACUUAUUAGAUUCGUUACUACAUAAAUAUUUUUUUUUGGCAAUUUAACAAUCUGAAGGUCCUGUCCCAUCUAUUUUCGUAAGUACAGGUCUCGUAUUCUUCAUGCAAUUUACUACUACUGCCCGUUCUAUUUAUUGUAUUUCUAAAGGCAAUAAUUCUGUGAUGGCCGCUACGAUUGGUUAUGUUGUUAUUUUUUCGAAACGAGUAAUAAAAAAGGGAAUUAAGGAAA